AGGUAAGGUACAUUAAUUAGCACCGUUGCCCGGCGUCAGUCGAGACGGGAGCAGUGACGUCGGUCAAUUAGCGGGACUGCAACCGCUACCUAACUGCGGUGGCUCUGGGGCAGGCCUGGCAGGUACAGGGGCCUUGAUGGGCUCUGAAGUCUCAAUUGGGUGGAGUGGCUGAAGCUUCCACCGGGGCAACAGCGAAUCAGGCGGUGCACAGCAGCUGUCUUUCGCAUUGAGCCUCUGUCAGUCAGACACAACCAGAACCGGCCGUGCCUUGGAGGUGUCCAUACCAUAAGGUACCUUACUGUGCUGCCUUGUCUUGCGUAAGGUAACCUGCCACCACCAGACCACAUCCCACUUCACCUCAACUCACCAACCAUCGCCCGCUCUCCGUGGUACUCCAAGGCCUCGACAUCUAACUCGUUUCCCAGUCCCACGAAAUCGUUACGGCCACUGGCGCAUUGAGCAACCGAAACGAUGGAUCCCCUCGAAGAGUCGCCAUGGGGCGAUUCGCAACCCACCUCCGAGCCCUCGACCCAACAGCAGCCCUCCCAGAGUGAAGAGUCAACAUCGUCGCAGCCCGCGGCCAAGUCAGACGCACCCAGCACGGCGUCCGCACCUCGUCCUUCACGCUCGGGACCUGUCCGCCGACUCGUAUCCGCCCAGCCUACCCGCCUCGAAGCCGUCGACGAUCCCCUCGGUCCUUUGGGUCCUCUCGGCGCUCCCGCCGCCGCGGACAAUGGCGCCGAAGCCGGUCAGGAUGCUCCGCCCGUCCCGCCGCAGAAAGAGCAGAUGGUGAUCCGCACCUCGAUGCCCCCCCAGCAGGGCCGUCGCGCCGGUCCUUCCGACCCUCACAACAUCGAUGAGGACGAUUACGACCGCCCGUCUGGUCCGAGGCAGCCGCCACCCGUCCAGGCUGCGCAUCCUAGCCCGGUGCGGACGCAUACCCAACCUAGCGUCAGCGUCGAGCAGGCUAGCAAGCCGAGCUUCCAGAUCACGGUGGGAGAUCCACACAAGGUUGGCGAUUUGACCAGCUCGCAUAUCGUCUACUCGGUCAGGACCAAGACCUCCUCAAAGGCAUACAAGCAGCCCGAGUUCGAGGUGAAGCGCAGAUACCGCGACUUCCUGUGGCUGUACAACACUCUGCACGGAAACAACCCUGGUGUCGUCGUGCCGCCCCCGCCGGAUAAGCAGGCCGUCGGUCGCUUCGAGAGUAACUUUGUCGAAGGACGUCGCGCCGCUUUGGAGAAGAUGCUGAACAAGACUGCUGCGCAUCCUACCCUCCAACACGAUGCGGACCUGAAGCUGUUCCUUGAGAGCGAAUCGUUCAACGUCGACAUCAAGCACAAGGAGCGGAGGGACCCGAUCCCCGGCGAGAGCAAGGGUGUCCUCGGCAGUCUAGGUAUCAAUGUCGGUGGCAGCAGCAAGUUUGUCGAGCAAGAUGAUUGGUUCCACGACCGCAAGGUUUAUCUCGAUGCGCUCGAGAACCAGCUCAAGGCAUUGCUCAAGGCUAUGGAGACAAUGGUUGGUCAGCGCAAGAUGAUGGCCGAAGCAGCUGGAGACUUUUCGGCGUCUCUUCACGCUCUGUCUACGGUUGAACUUUCGCCCUCGCUGUCGGGUCCGUUGGAUGCGCUGUCUGAGCUGCAGCUGACGAUUCGCGACGUCUACGACCGCCAGGCCCAGCAGGACGUCUUGACCUUUGGCAUCAUCAUUGAGGAGUACAUUCGCCUGAUUGGAUCAGUCAAGCAGGCAUUCAGCCAGAGGCAAAAGGCGUUCCACUCGUGGCACUCUGCCGAGUCGGAACUGCAGAAGAAGAAGGCCUCUCAGGACAAGCUCCUGCGGCAAGGCAAGAGCCAGCAGGAUAGACUGAACCAGGUCAGCGCAGAGGUCGGCGACGUGGAGAGAAAGGUGCACCAGGCCAGGCUCUUGUUUGAGGAUAUGGGCCGACUGAUGAGGGCGGAGCUGGACCGCUUUGAGAGGGAAAAGGUGGAGGACUUCAAGAGCGGUGUUGAGACCUUCUUGGAGAGCGCGGUGGAGGCACAAAAAGAGUUGAUUGAGAAGUGGGAGACGUUCCUCAUGCAAUUGGACGCCGAGGACGACGAGACGGUCUUUUACCGGCCACCCGUCAUCCAACCCUCGGGCAAGCCGCCCGGCAACACAGCCAUUGACAGGGCUCGUGCCACCAUCAACGACGACUCUGACUAGAAGCCCGAGGCACGGCGUCCGCUGAUUCACUACAUAAUACCUACGCAUCACAGCAGCGGUUUCUUCUUCGACCCCACGGCGCACUGGGACGAGUGACGAGUGAAUCAAGUUUGGGCACAUGUGCAUUGUGGAGCCUUCCUCUUUCUUGGUUGAAGUAGUUGUUAUGGUUGUUGUACAUAUCUGACAGUAGAAGAAACCCCAUGGGGGUAUAAGGGGCUCCCGUAAUCCACCUCCUCCUCUGACC